AGCGCCCAUCGCAUCGACAUUUGCCUCCUUUUCUUCCCACCACGCUUCCCCCCCCAAUCUGUUCCUCUCCACUUGGUUGGAUAUUUCAAACUUGACUCUGUUUUUCCUUCAAGCAACAGCAUCUGGCAAAGGUAGCACAGUAGCGAGGACCUGGAUUAAGAUAUUGUUGUUUGAGAAAAGAGGAGAGAGGGGGGGCUUCCUUCCUUUUCCUUUCCCUUUCCCGACGGUGGAAACAGACCCAUCUAUCUCCUUUUACUUCAAUUCAAUCUUUUCCUCACUUUACACCAACUGAUUGCGCAUCGGGGGUUAGAAGCAGAGACGGGGAUUGAGAGCUUCUGGUCCACCUUCAUCAUUUUUCCUAUUACACCCAGUUUCUGAUUUUUCUUCUUUUUUCCAAUUUGGGUUCUAUUCUUUUCGAUGGUUUGCACGAUGGGUCAUCUGGUUUUUGGGUUUUGAGGGGCGUGUCGAAGAGGGGUGGAGGCCUGUUUGAGGUAAAGGAAGUUAGUGGGAGGAGGAAUGACUUGGAGGAGAGUGUUGAAGUCUGUGCAGGCACUUUUGGCCCACGGUUUACUCUUCUGUUUCACGCUGUUGCUCGUUCUCAAGCUCGAUCAUUUCGUCUCUUACAGUUGGUGGGUUAUAUUUUUUCCACUUUGGGUGUUUCAUGUGGUUGUUGCUCGAGGAAGGUUCUCAUUACCUGCCCCAUCUCUUCCUCAUAAUCGUCAUUGGGCACCGUGCCAUGCUGUUGUUGCGACACCUUUGCUUAUAGCAUUUGAGUUACUUCUUUGCAUAUACCUCGAGAGCCUAUCUGUUUAUGGUUUUGCUGCUGUGAACUUGAAGAUUGUCUUUCUACCGUUGCUGGCAUUUGAAAUCAUUAUCUUAAUAGAUAAUUUCAGAAUGUGUAGGUCACUGAUGCCUGGUGACGAUGAAAGCAUGAGUGACGAGGCAAUAUGGGAGACGCUGCCUCACUUUUGGGUUGCCAUUUCAAUGGUCUUCUUUGUGGCUGCUACAAUAUUUACUCUAUUGAAGCUAUGUGGGAAUGUUGGUGCUCUUGGCUGGUGGGACUUGUUUAUAAAUUUUGGCAUUGCCGAGUGCUUUGCCUUCCUUGUAUGUACAAAGUGGUCUAAUCCAGCGAUUCAUAGAAAUAUUCAAACAAGAGAAAGUUGUUCAUCAUCAGCAGUAGUUAGAUAUCUAGACUGGAACAGUGGUCUAAUAGCUUAUUCAGAGCAGGAUCAGCAUCAAGACAGAAUGUGUGGCCUUCAAGACAUUGGAGGUCAUAUCAUGAAAAUUCCCAUAAUUGUUUUUCAAAUCCUACUCUGCAUGUAUUUGGAGGGAACGCCUGCGAGUGCAAAAGACCUGCCAAUUCCUGUCCUUUUCUCGCCCCUUCUAUUAUUGCAAGGCGCCGCCGUUAUUUAUGCUAUAUCUAGGCUGUUAGAGAAAGCUGUACUUCUCUUAAGAGGCGGAUCUAGCACAGCAUUGUAUUUCAGUUUUUCUACUAGGGCUCAUGCCUGUUUGGAGUUCUUUCAUCAUGGUUCAAGGCUAUUGGGAUGGUGGUCAAUUGAUGAAGGCAGUCGAGAGGAGCAGGCACGAUUGUACCAUGAGGGUGCCUCUGGGUACAACACUUUUAGUGGAUAUCCUCCCGAGAUUGUGAAGAAGAUGCCCAAGAAAGAUCUUGCUGAGGAGGUCUGGCGCCUUCAAGCUGCACUUGGGGAGCAGACAGAAAUCACGAAAUACAGCCAGCAGGAAUAUGAAAGACUUCAAAAUGAAAAGGUGUUAUGUCGGGUUUGUUUCGAGGGAGAAAUUAGCGUGGUUCUUCUUCCGUGUAGGCAUCGCAUACUAUGCAGUUCCUGCUCUGAGAAGUGUAAAAAGUGCCCAAUAUGUCGUGUUUCUAUCGAAGAACGGUUACCGGUAUACGAUGUAUAGAUCCUUAACUAAUCUAAAGGGGAAUCAAAGUGCACCUUGAGAAUGACAAAUUGAUAAGAGUUUUGGUGAUAGUGAAGAACAGGAAGUGAUGGGGUGGUUCAUGACAUUACUGAUACAGGAAAGAUACUCUUGGGUCUGCUUCAAAUGUAAAUAAGUGGUUUGUGUGAGGGUAAUUAAUUGAUUAAUGAUAUUAGAAUACGGGUGAGUUGCUGUUGUUACUGUGUUACAAUUCAGCUUGUUUUUCUUAAUUCUCUCUGUAUUCAAUAUUAACUUCUAACUCCAAUUAUAAUCCCAAAGUUGAUCCUUUGAUUUGAA